AUGAAGUUCACCAGCAUUUUCACCUUCCUCGGCCUCGUCAUGAUGGUCGUGGCCGGCGGUGGCGGCGGCGGCGGCGGUGGAGCUUGCUCGAACCCUUGCGAGCCCGGCUGCAGCGGUUGCACUGGUCCAACCUGCUGCCAGAGACUCGCUCGAUUGAUGGCCCGCGACUGGUCCUUCAACAGCUUCACGCCUCGCAGUAUCUCUGACCUUUUCGACUUCUCUGAAGAGGCUUGA